UUUUUUUUUCAAAAGCAUGAAAGCAAAAAUAUCAUACGGUUCUUGGAAAAGUCCAAUUACGAGUGAUUUGAUUGUAACUUGUACAAGCAGAAUCAACGAAAUUCAAUUAGAUCAAAACUUAACUUCCAAAAAAAUAUACUGGAGUGAAUCUAAAAAUUGUGAAGGUGGAAGAAACACUAUCAACUGUUAUGAUUAUAAAACAAAAGAAUUGAAAGAAUUUACCCCAAAAGAAUUUAAUGUAUCAUCACGUGUUCAUGAAUAUGGGGGCAAUUCCUUCAUGGUUAAUAAUGGCGACGUAUAUUUUGUUAAUAAAUCAGAUCAGAGGAUAUAUUUACAAAAAGGGGCAGACAAAAAUCCUGAGCCCAUAACACUUAACCAAAAUGCUAGAUAUACCGAUUUUUAUUACGAUAAUUUGAAUCACAUCCUUUAUUGCGUUUGUGAAAAGCAUUGUGAUGAUAAUUUAGACCCUGAUAAUGUCUUAAUAGCAUUGAAUCCAAGAAAGCUUAAUACAAAUUGUAAUGUGAUUGCUCAAGGUUCAGAUUUUUAUUUAAGUCCUUCAUUAUCAUCAACUAGCAAAUAUAUUACUUGGAAUCAAUGGAAUCAUCCAAAUAUGCCAUGGGAUAGUUCCGAGAUAUGUGUUGGAAAUGUUCAUAUUACAAAAAGCAAACCAGAUGAGGAAGAAGAUUUAGAACAAGCAAAUAUGUCCAUCACAUCUAUUAUUAAAUUGAGUAUCCCUGGAGUUAGCUCCAUGCAACCUAAGAUUGUUAGCAAUAAUACUCUCUAUUAUCUCAGCGACAGAAAUGGGUUUUACAACUUGUAUAAACGUUCUCUGAUAAACAUAAAUGGAUCAACAGAAUUUGGCGAUGAAAGUAAACCCCUGGUAAAAUUUAACGGAGAACACCAUAAGGAUGUUGGCUACCCACUUUGGAACUCUGGCGAUUCAGCUUAUGAUAUUUCCCCCACCAAACCAGAUCUUAUUGUAGCGAUUGCCGAAAAUGACAUGUACUUAGUCAAAAUACGAGGAGACGGGGAUGAAGAGGGUGACGUAGUUAGCGAACUUUUGCUGAACGGCGACCAAUUGGGAAUAGGAGAAAUUCACGACGUCAAAUUGGCCCGGUUCGAGGAAAACGUAGCUUUCGCGAUCAUAAGACCGAAAUCCGAUUUCGAAUAUUUGGCUCGGAUAGACCUACUUACCGGGAAGCUAACCCCCAUAAGGAAAACUUACGAGGGCGCUCCAUUGGAUGAGAGAUUCAUCAGUAAAGCCGAAGAGAUAACGUUCCCCACUUUCGAUGGUCAAACCAGUUUCGGAUACUUUUAUCCUCCCCAAAAUCCAGAUCACCCAUAUUCGCGAGACCACGAAUUAGCGCCACCCAUGAUAGUGACGAGUCACGGUGGACCGACCGCUAAAAAGUACGACUCCUUGGAUCUCAAGGGAACCCAAUUUUUUACGUCCCGGGGCAUCGCGGUAUUUCACGUUAAUUACAGGGGCAGCUUUGGUCGGGGCAAGGCCUACAGGGAUUCCUUGAAAGGAAACUGGGGUAUCCUGGACGUCGAAGAUUGUUGUUCGGCAGCUAUCCACAUGAGCCGAACGCUCAAACGUGUCAACCCCAAUUUACUCUUCAUCAACGGUUCGUCUUCGGGAGGGUACACUACUCUCGCCUGCUUAGCCUUCAAACCGGAUAUUUUCAAAGCCGGAGUUGCAAGGUACGGAAUUUGCGAUUUGGAGGCCCUAAUAGACGAUACUCAUAAGUUCGAAAAAUAUUACACCCAAAUACUCGUCUGCGGCGACGUCAAUCACAACGAAUCUACUGGCGAUGGACAAAAAAAUCUUUAUAAAGAACGAUCUCCCAUCAAUCACAUUGAUCGGGUGAAGGCUCCAGUCGCUUUUAUCCAUGGAAAGGAGGAUAAAGUGGUUCUUCCCAAUCAAGCUAUCAUGAUGUACGAGGCGCUCAUCAAAAAAGGGAUACCUGCAUCGUUGACACUUUUCGAUGGUGAAGGACAUGGCUUUAAGGACCCCAAAAACAUCAAACGCGCUCUUGAAUGCGAACUCGAUUUCUACAACAAAAUUAUCAGCGAUGCCAAGGCUUGACUUUGAUUCCCCGAUUUUAAUAUUUAAUCACUAUUUAUAAACUAUGAUACAGAAUAUAAUGGUGUUGUGAUUGGUAUUACCCAAAACA